UGUCCCAGGCGGCGGCAUGGCUGGGCGGCGGGUGAAUGUGAAUGUGGGCGUGCUGGGCCACAUCGACAGCGGCAAGACGGCGCUAGCGCGGGCGCUGAGCACCACGGCUUCCACCGCCGCCUUCGACAAGCAGCCGCAGAGCCGCGAGCGCGGCAUCACGCUCGACCUGGGCUUCUCCUGCUUCUCCGUGCCCCUGCCCGCGCGCCUGCGGUCGGCGCUGCCCGCGCCUGCGGCGGCGUCCGAGGCCGGGCCCGAGCCCGCCGAGCCGCAGCUGCAGGUCACGCUGGUCGACUGCCCCGGGCACGCCUCCCUCAUCCGGACCAUCAUUGGCGGAGCCCAGAUCAUUGAUCUGAUGAUGCUGGUCAUCGAUGUGACCAAGGGGAUGCAGACCCAGUCAGCGGAGUGCCUGGUGAUCGGGCAGAUUGCCUGCCAGAAGCUGCUCGUGGUCCUGAACAAAAUAGACCUCUUAGCCGAGGGGAAGAGACAGGCAGCAAUCGAUAAAAUGACCAAGAAAAUGCAGAAGACCCUAGAGAACACCAAGUUCCGAGGGGCACCAAUUAUACCAGUGGCGGCCAAACCUGGAGGACCAGAGGCACCUGAAACAGAAGUUCCACAGGGUAUCUCGGAGCUUAUUGAGCUCCUGACGUCCCAGAUUUCCAUCCCAACGAGAGACCCGUCAGGACCGUUCCUCAUGUCUGUGGACCAUUGUUUCUCCAUCAAGGGCCAAGGCACUGUGAUGACAGGAACCAUUCUCUCAGGCUCCAUCAGCCUCGGUGACAGUGUGGAGAUUCCAGCCCUCAAGGUGGUGAAGAAGGUGAAGUCAAUGCAGAUGUUCCACAUGCCGGUCACCUCAGCCAUGCAAGGAGACCGGCUGGGCAUAUGCGUGACCCAGUUUGACCCCAAGCUGCUGGAGCGCGGGCUAGUAUGUGCCCCUGAGUCCCUGCACACCAUCCAUGCAGCCCUCAUCUCCCUGGAGAAGAUCCCGUAUUUCCGGGGGCCCCUGCAGACCAAGGCCAAGUUCCACAUCACAGUGGGCCACGAGACAGUCAUGGGCCGGCUGAUGUUCUUCAGCCCCGCCCCCGACCACUUUGACCACAAGCCCGUGCUGGACUCAUUCGACUUCUCUCGGGAGUACCUCUUCCAGGAGCAGUUCCUGUGCAAGGACUCGGCCCCCGCAGAUGGUGGCGAGGCCGACCAGCAGGCGGAUCAGGCCACCAAAGGCCACUGCCCCCAGCAGCAGUGGGCCCUCGUGGAGUUUGAGAAGCCUGUCACCUGCCCUCGGCUCUGCCUGAUGAUUGGCUCCAGGCUCGACACAGACAUUCACUCGAACACCUGCCGGCUGGCCUUCCAUGGCACCCUGCUGCACGGGCUGGAGGACAAGAACUACUCCGAGAGCGUCCUGCCCAGGCUACAGGUGUACAAGCUGAAGCACAGGCACGGCCUCGUGGAGCGGGUGAUAGAUGACUACAGCGUGAUCGGCCGCUCUCUGUUCAAAAAGGAGACCAACAUCCAGCUCUUCGUGGGACUCAAGGUACACCUGUCCACUGGAGAGCUGGGGGUCAUUGACAGUGCUUUCGGCCAGAGUGGCAAGUUCAAGGUCCACAUCCCUGGUGGCCUCAGCCCUGAGUCCAAGAAGAUCCUGGCGCCAGUCCUAAAGAAGCGGGGCCGGGCUGGCCGAGGGGAGGUGGCCAGGGAGGAGGAGGAGGGCGUGGAGCGGCCGGAGCCCUCACAGCCUGUCACACUCAGCCUGACCUUCAAGCGCUACGUCUUUGAUACCCGUAAGCGCAUGGUUCAGUCGCUCUGAGCACCAAAGCCACCUCCAGGGCCACAGUGCCAGUGCCCACCAUAAGUGCCUCUGGACCCCCGGCCUCUCCCCAUGCUUGCGAUGAGAACCCCAAGUGAGAACCAGCUCCAGCCCCAUGCAUCCUCUGCCAGGAGGCAACAUGUGUCCCUUUAGCUCCCAGCCGAGCAAGGGCUGGGCUUCUGCUGGAGGGGCUGGUGCCCAGGAAGCUGCCCUCCUGGUGGCCUUCUGUGCCCCAUCCCCACCCCACCCCACCCCCAGGUGGCUGGGCACUUAGCAGCUGCAAAUAAACGUCCUGA